AUGGAUCUGCUGGACCCAGUCUGGCAUGUGUCUGUGGCCCUGGUCUGGUCUGGUCUGGUGAGGCGAGAUGGAUCACAUGUGCAGAAGAAGAAGAAGGAAGGAGACCAAAGCUGCAGCAACAGCAGAAGAAACAUGAGAUUCAUGAAGGUGGACACUGGGUUGAACCCUGUGUCACGUGACAAAAAGGAGGCGGAGCGAGGGCCAAUCAGGAAGUCUCCUCAGGAUGUGGCACCGCCCAGACGGCUCAAGAGCGCCACCACUAAGGCAACCAAAGGCUCCCCAAAGUCCCAAAUCACCAAAAGGUACAAGUUCUCAGAGGGCAUGCUGUCAGCGUGCCACACCCUCAAGACACACCUGAAUGAGGGCAAGCGUUUACCCAGCAGAGAGUUGCGUGAGGUGCAGGAGGAGUGGAUGUCAGUGUCCAGUGGCAAGUGUGCGAGUGCAGACUUGGUAGAAGACUUCAUGUCCAACUUGAGGAUGAUCUCUGACCGGCUGCUGCGUCUUGUGGUCAACAUGGCCGACAGCAACGGCAACACAACUCUGCACUACAGCGUCUCACACGCCAACUUCCAGGUGGUGCACAAGUUGCUGGAGGGAGAGGUGUGUGAGAUGAACACACACAACAAGGCAGGCUACACAUCCAUCAUGCUGGCCUCCACACAAGAAGUAGAAGACAUGAAGGACAUGAAGGUGGUGGAACAUCUCUUUGACAGAGGAGACGUCAACGCUAAAGCUAGCCAGGCUGGUCAGACGGCGCUGAUGCUGGCGGUCAGUCACAGCCGUGUGGACAUGGUGCGAGCCCUCCUGGCCCGCGGGGCAAAGGUCAACCUUCAGGACGACGAGGGCUCCACGGCGCUGAUGUGUGCCAGCGAGCACGGACACACCGCCAUGGUCAAGUUGCUGCUGGACCAGCCCGACUGUGACCCCCUGCUGCAGGACAGCGACCAGAGCACCGCCUUGUCCAUCGCCAUGGAGACGGGCCAUCACGACAUUGCGGCGCUUCUGUACGCACGCACCAACUUCUCCAGAGGACUCAAUGAGGACCACCAGUGCCAACACUCUGAUGGAUGAACCCAGAAUGGUCGCCAUCCAACCAUAAUCCACUCUCAGAUCAAAUAAUUGACUGUCAGAUCAAAUAAUCCAGUGUGAGGUGAAGUGUGCCAAAUAGAAAUGGUGUCCAUGAAGAUGAUCCCUGCUGGCCCACAUGGACUCUCACAUUCUUCUGCACCCCAUACCCCACAUCUCUAGUCCCUUCCAGGGGGUCCCCCACAUGGACCCCCACAUCUCUAGUCCCUUCCAGGGGGUCCCCACAUGGAUCCCCACAUCUCUAGUCCCUUCCAGGGGGUCCCCCACAUGGAUCCCCACAUCUCUAGUCCCUUCCAGGGGUCCCCCACAUGGACCCCCACAUCUCUAGUCCCUUCCAGGGGUCCCCCACAUGGAUCCCCACAUCUCUAGUCGCUUCCAGGGGGUCCCCCACAUGGAUCCCCACAUCUCUAGUCCCUUCCAGGGGUCCCCCACAUGGAUCCCCACAUCUCUAGUCCCUUCCAGGGGUCCCCACAUGGAUCCCCACAUCUCUAGUCCCUUCCAGGGGUCCCCACAUGGAUCCCCACAUCUCUAGUCCCUUCCAGGGGUCCCCCACAUGGAUCCCCACAUCUCUAGUCCCUUCCAGGGGUCCCCACAUGGAUCCCCACAUCUCUAGUCCCUUCCAGGGGUCCCCACAUGGAUCCCCACAUCUCUAGUCCCUUCCAGGGGGUCCCCACAUCUGCGCUUCCUUCCAGGGAACUAAGCAUGUAAAUGAGUAGUUUGGGUACUGAGCUUAGGUCACGUGGUAGACAGCAGACUGACUACCAACUUAGGUCACAUGCAGACUGACUACCAACUUAGGUCACAUGCAGACUGACUACCAACUUAGGUCACAUGCAGACUGACUACCAACUUAGGUCACAUGCAGACUGACUACCAACUUAGGUCACGUGGUAGACAACAGACUGACUACCAACUUAGGUCACAUGCAGACUGACUACCAACUUAGGUCACGUGGUAGACAACAGACUGACUACCAACUUAGGUCACAUGCAGACUGACUACCAACUUAGGUCACGUGGUAGACAACAGACUGACUACCAACUUAGGUCACAUGCAGACUGACUACCAACUUAGGUCACGUGGUAGACAACAGACUGACUACCAACUUAGGUCACGUGGUAGACAACAGACUGACUACCAACUUAGGUCACAUGGUAGACAACAGACUGACUACCAACUUAGGUCACAUGCAGACUGACUACCAACUUAGGUCACAUGCAGACUGACUACCAACUUAGGUCACAUGCAGACUGACUACCAACUUAGGUCACAUGCAGACUGACUACCAACUUAGGUCACAUGGUAGACAACAGACUGACUACCAACUUAGGUCACAUGCAGACUGACUACCAACUUAGGUCACAUGCAGACUGACUACCAACUUAGGUCACAUGCAGACUGACUACCAAAUUAGGUCACAUGGUAGACAACAGACUGACUACCAACUUAGGUCACAUGCAGACUGACUACCAACUUAGGUCACAUGCAGACUGACUACCAACUUAGGUCACAUGGUAGACAACAGACUGACUACCAACUUAGGUCACAUGCAGACUGACUACCAACUUAGGUCACAUGGUAGACAACAGACUGACUACCAACUUAGGUCACAUGCAGACUGACUACCAACUUAGGUCACGUGGUAGACAGCAGACUGACUACCAACUUAGGUCACAUGCAGACUGACUACCAACUUAGGUCACGUGGUAGACAACAGACUGACUACCAACUUAGGUCACAUGCAGACUGACUACCAACUUAGGUCACAUGCAGACUGACUACCAACUUAGGUCACGUGGUAGACAGCAGACUGACUACCAACUUAGGUCACAUGGUAGACAGCAGACUGACUACCAACUUAGGUCACAUGGUAGACAGCAGACUGACUACCAACUUAGGUCACAUGCAGACUGACUACCAACUUAGGUCACGUGGUAGACAACAGACUGACUACCAACUUAGGUCACAUGCAGACUGACUACCAACUUAGGUCACAUGCAGACUGACUACCAACUUAGGUCACGUGGUAGACAGCAGACUAACUACCAACUUAGGUCACAUGCAGACUGACUACCAACUUAGGUCACAUGCAGACUGACUACCAACUUAGGUCACAUGCAGACUGACUACCAACUUAGGUCACGUGGUAGACAACAGACUGACUACCAACUUAGGUCACAUGCAGACUGACUACCAACUUAGGUCACAUGCAGACUGACUACCAACUUAGGUCACGUGGUAGACAGCAGACUGACUACCAACUUAGGUCACAUGGUAGACAGCAGACUGACUACCAACUUAGGUCACAUGGUAGACAGCAGACUGACUACCAACUUAGGUCACAUGCAGACUGACUACCAACUUAGGUCACGUGGUAGACAACAGACUGACUACCAACUUAGGUCACAUGCAGACUGACUACCAACUUAGGUCACAUGCAGACUGACUACCAACUUAGGUCACGUGGUAGACAGCAGACUAACUACCAACUUAGGUCACAUGCAGACUGACUACCAACUUAGGUCACAUGCAGACUGACUACCAACUUAGGUCACAUGCAGACUGACUACCAACUUAGGUCACGUGGUAGACAACAGACUGACUACCAACUUAGGUCACAUGCAGACUGACUACCAACUUAGGUCACGUGGUAGACAGCAGACUGACUACCAACUUAGGUCACAUGGUAGACAGCAGACUGACUACCAACUUAGGUCACAUGGUAGACAGCAGACUGACUACCAACUUAGGUCACAUGCAGACUGACUACCAACUUAGGUCACGUGGUAGACAACAGACUGACUACCAACUUAGGUCACAUGCAGACUGACUACCAACUUAGGUCACAUGCAGACUGACUACCAACUUAGGUCACGUGGUAGACAACAGACUGACUACCAACUUAGGUCACGUGGUAGACAACAGACUGACUACAGACUUAGGUCACGUGGUAGACAACAGACUGACUACCAACUUAGGUCACGUGGUAGACAGCAGACUGACUACCAACUUAGGUCACAUGGUAGACAGCAGACUGACUACCAACUUAGGUCACGUGGUAGACAACAGACUGACUACCAACUUAGGUCACGUGGUAGACAACAGACUGACUACCAACUUAGGUCACGUGGUAGACAGCAGACUGACUACCAACUUAGGUCACGUGGUAGACAACAGACUGACUACCAACUUAGGUCACAUGCAGACUGACUACCAACUUAGGUCACAUGGUAGACAACAGACUGACUACCAACUUAGGUCACAUGCAGACUGACUACCAACUUAGGUCACAUGGUAGACAGCAGACUGACUACCAACUUAGGUCACGUGGUAGACAACAGACUGACUACCAACUUAGGUCACAUGGUAGACAGCAGACUGACUACCAACUUAGGUCACGUGGUAGACAACAGACUGACUACCAACUUAGGUCACAUGGUAGACAGCAGACUGACUACCAACUUAGGUCACAUGGUAGACAGCAGACUGAGGACACACGUGUCCCAGCCUGGAAGUCCGCUGUGACAUGUGACGUUCAAUGACCAUAAAAAAAAUGUAGGAAAUGACAGUACUGAACUUAGAAUAAUACAAAUUGUGAAAUAAAGGGGCACAUUACAUAAUGUGUAAAUGUAAUAAAUGAGAUAAAAUGACAUUAAAAUAAGAACAGUAGUAAGACAGCAAGAUAUUGAGAUCAUAAAUGACCUCUGUUACAUUUGCAGUCUAUUCAAUAAAAUAUAAGUUGAAAAUGA